AUGGCUUCUUUCGCUGAGCUUGGUUGCCUCGCAGCCACGACGCACUCUAGCCCAGGCGGCAGCGGAGAAGCGUCGCCAACGGGAUGGGUUAGCGGCAACCCGCAGGGUGGCGGCAUGGGCAGCGGCAACGGGAUCGGCAACGUGGGCAGCCAGCAAUUCGACUUGAUCUCCGCAAGCUCUCAGCCAGCGCCGGCCGCGCCCAGCGCAACGGGCGGCGGCUCGUGCAGCAGCGGCAUUGGCGGCAUGGGCGGCGGCGGCAUGGGCGGCGGCAUGGGCGGCGGCGGCAUGGGCGGCGGCGGCAUGGGUGGCUUGGGCAUAGGCGGCUGUGGCAUGGGCGGGGCGGGCAGCUGCGGGAUCGGCGGCAUGCCUGCGGCCUCUCCGCAAGAGCAAGUUGUCCCAGCGGCGAAAUCGGCCGGCCAGCACUACCUCGAGCAGCAGCCACAUGGAUAUCCGGCGCAGGGGUUGUUUGUGGAGCAGCCGGGCGACGACGCCAACGGCAGCGGCUCCAGCAUGUCCAACCUGGCUUCGGACUUGGCUUUGGAGCGGCGGACGGAGAUGGCGGGCGGAGAGCCGUCUCCUCUCCGCUCGACGCCACCGCAGAAGCUGGAGCCACGGCCGCAACAGCAGCUGGCGCCCGACGCCACACUCGCCUUUGCGGCCCUCGCGCAGGGGCGGCCCUGCCUGCCCCGGCAAGCACAACUCGCGCGCCCCUCAUCCAUCUCGAGCGCGGAGCUUCCCCUAAGCCGUUGCAGAGGCUUCUCCUUGUAG